GGAGUGGCACACCAGUGUGGGACAGAAGGAGCUACAGGCCCCCUCCCACAUUAAAGAGGAGCAGCUUCAUGAUGAAGAUGAAGCUCAGUCCUUACAGCUUCAUCACAGUCAAAGUGAGGAGAACAGAGGGGCGGAGCUUGUAAGUCAACACAUCACAGAAGCUGAUGGAGAGCAUUGUGAAGAUAUCAAGUCAGAACCAGACAGCAUCUUUGCUCCACUGUCAGACAUGGACCACAUGAUGUCACACUCUUCUGAUCACAGUGACCACAUCCAAAAACCUUUGGAGAGUAAAAAUGAGUCUAAAGGUGAUACGAGACAUCACACUAACAACAAACACUUUGACUGCUCUGAAUGUGGGAAAUCAUUUAGAUGGAAGAGUCAUUUUACAGAACACUUGAGAAUACAUACUGGAGAGAAACCUUUUACUUGCUCUGUUUGUAAGAAGAAUUUCUUCAGAAAGGAAAAACUGAUCAGACACAUAAGAACACACACUGGAGAGAAACCUUUUACUUGCUCUGUUUGUAAGAAGAGUUUCUCCACAAAGCAUUACAUGACCAGACACAUGAGAACACAUCUUGGAGAGAAACCUUUUACUUGCUCCGUUUGUAAGAAGAGUUUCUCCAGAAAGCAUCACAUGACCAGACACAUGAGAACACACACUGGAGAGAAACAUUUUGCUUGCUCAGCUUGUGCUAAAAGAUUCAACACUAAGACUGAAAUGAUAUUACACAUGAGAACACACACAGGUGAGAAACCCUUUACUUGCUCUGUUUGUAAGAAGAGUUUCUCCAGAAAGGAACACAUGACCACACACAUGAGAACACACACUGGAGAGAAACCUUUUGCUUGCUCAGCUUGUGCUAAAAUAUUCAACACUAAGAAUGAAAUUAUAUUACACAUGCGAACACACACAGGUGGUAAACCCUUUACUUGCUCUGUUUGUAAGAAGAGUUUCUCCAGAAAGCAAAUGAUGACCAUACACAUGAGAACACACACUGGAGAGAAACCUUUUACUUGCUCUGUUUGUAAGAAGAGUUUCUCCACAAAUACAAACUUGACCACACACAUGAGAACACACACUGGAGAGAAACCUUUUACUUGCUCUGUUUGUAAGAAGAGUUUCUCCAGAAAGCAAAUCAUGACCAAGCACAUGAGAACACACACUGGAGAGAAACCUUUUGCUUGCUCAGCUUGUGCUAAAAGAUUCAACACUAAGAAUGGCAUGAUAUUACACAUGAGAACAAACACUGGAGAGAAACCUUUUACUUGCUCAGUGUUAGUAUAAUUAUGUAUAUAUUAUCACACUAACUUUAGUAUCCUUAAAGUCUGUUGCUUUAGUUAUUAGUUAUUGUGCUUAAGUUAGACUUUUCUAUUCGUGCAAGGACAAACACUUCUUGUCUGAGGGGUGGCCUCUUUGUUUUAGCCCGCUAACAGCCAAGGACUUCAAGGACCUCUACGAAGAUAAGACGACAGCACGCUGACGAAGCGGAGACAAGGCGAAAUCACAAGGCCCCCACCACAUUCUGUCACGUAUUGUGCGUCCUGGACCUGCUUUGCAUAAUAUAUGUGACCACUCCUUUUAGAGGCGGCCUCAGUGAUGUUGACUGUGGAACUCUUGAAUAAAUAGAGGGACGCGGGAGCUGAACCUUAGAGCGUAGGGCGAGACUGUGACUAAGUGUGCAGCUCCAUGGGUUCUCCUCAUGAGCUAAAUUGAACUCUGUCUCUGCAUGAUUCCUUGCU